AUGUCAGAUGCAAACCCAGAUACAGCAUUAGCCAUUGCAAAAUUGUUGCGUCAUCACAGAGAAUUGAAACAGAGAAAGGGUCUGUUCCAAACGAGACACGUCGACUUCUUCCGUUUCAAGAGGUUCGAAAGAGCAUUGAAGUCACCAGAAUACAUCAAGAAAUCUACGAAUCAACCAGACUUAUACCCUCCAGUCACGGGGACUGAGGAUGAACAUGCGUCUGCUCGUAACUUGUUCAUCAUGUUAAUUAAAGCACAAUAUGUAGUCCCAUGUCAAAAAUUACACAAUCAGGACUGUAAGAAUCAUGGAUUGAAGGCAAAUAAAGAUUACCCAAAUUUAAUUCUUUCCAGUAAGGCUACUUUACAACCGGAUGAAUAUUACGUCUGGAACUAUAAUCCGAAAUCAAUUACAGAUUAUUUAAUCGUUAUAGGUGUCGUUUCUGUAAUCUUAGCAUUGGCUUGCUAUCCAUUAUGGCCACGUUCCAUGAGACGUGGGUCCUAUUAUGUCUCUAUGGGGUGUCUAAUGUUACUUUGUGGAUUCUUUGUCGUCGCUAUUAUUAGAUUAAUAUUGUACGUCUUGUCGUUAUUGGUCAUUAAGAAAAAAGGUGGAUUUUGGUUAUUCCCCAAUUUGUUCGAAGAUUGUGGUGUCCUUGAUAGUUUUAAACCGUUAUAUGGAUUCGGUGAAAAGGACUCAUACAGUUAUAUCAAGAAAAUGAAAAGAAUGAAGAGGAAACAAACAAAGAAUGGUGGUACGGGAAAGCCUAAAAUUGAAGAAGUGCAAGACGAGGGAAAAUGA